AUGGCAACUGGAAAAGCUGAAUAUGACUUAUCUGAAUACAAGGAUCUAAUAACGGACGGUUUUGCUGCUUCACAGUACGCUAAUGGCUUGUUACUAUCGACAAAUAACUUAUAUUUGAGUCAAUUGAAUAGUUUAAAUCAAAGUGUAUUAUUAAACGAGAUUGAAAACGACAAUAGCUCUGAAAACGAAUUGGAUUUAGUCACUGCUAUGAAAAAGAUCUCAUUCAGUAUUAAAGAUGUGAACUCCAAGAUUGUCAAGAUUUCUUCGAGUAAUUAUGAUGUAUUGAUCAACGAGUUUGAAAAAAUCGAGUCGUUUCAGAAGGAUUUCAACAAUACUUUACAAAAUUCUUUGAAGGAAUUGAACCAUUUCAUGGAAAUAUUGAAUAGAGAUUUUUUAAUGAAUUAUGAAAGCUCGCAGAAAUACAUCAGAAGGUUGAAAAAUAUCCAUAAAACAUACUCCCUUAUAAAUGACUUGAUCCUAUUUAUCGACGGAGUGAAGAAAUUCAAUAGCAGUUUCAGAAAUAUACAGUUAGAUAAGACUUACAACAACAUCGAAUCAGUUUCCCCAGAAGAAUUGGGUACACUCAACAAGAACUUGAUGAAAAUGACAAACCAUUACUAUUUCUUGAAUAAGCUACUACACGAGGAUGAAAAGUUGUAUGAUUCUGGACUGCAAAGUAGAAAUUCAUUCAAACAAUUGAAAAUCGUCAAGAAUUUCAAUAAGGUAUACAAGAUUGAAAAAAUCGAUCUUCUCAAUAAUUAUUGUCUUGAUUUAUUGAAAAAUGAUAAUUUCUUUGAAACGACCGCCGAUGGUGAACCCAACUCCGAGGAUUAUAAAGCAAAAGUUAUUGUCACCGUGAUUAUUACUCUAAUGAUUAUCAAUAAUAACGAUUCUUUUGUUGAAAUCUUCCAUCGUUACUACAAAUAUGAACUCAAUAACUGCAUGAACUUACUCAAGAAAAUAUUGAUCUCACCUAAGAGUUUUGAUAAUUCAAUGAUCAAAGUAGCAAAGAAAUCGGACAAGAUAUUGAAGAUCAUGAGAAUAUUGCAGAACCUCAGGUUACUCAAUUAUGAUUCCCUGUUGAUGAAAAACAAUCCCUUUGAAACUUGUAUUAUCAAUGAUGAUCUGAACAGCUCUUACACUUCUAUUGGUGAUAAAAACAUAACUAGAGAAACCACUACAGAUCACACAUUGUCAUUAGACGUGUUUAUUUUGAAAAACAUGCCAGUAUCAUUAAACAAUAAUUCGUUAUUCACGAAUUUUUACAAAGACAUAUCCGUGGAGUUCGAAAGCAUGAUAUCGGGAACAUUAUUGAAAGGUGGCCCGGUGGCCAAGAAUUUGAAGAAUAACUAUUCAAAAAUUUUGGCGUCAAUUAAAAAGAGAAUAUUGGAGAAUAGUAGUGAUUUCUACAAAAUAUCGGAGAAGAAUAUCGAAGUGGUGAUGAUGUGCAACUCAAUUAAAAAGUUGAAUACCAAUAAAUAA